AUAAUUUACUUUGAAACGACCGAUUUCGAAACCGAGUCCAUUUAUGGAACUCGAAUUGUUAUUUUUCCAAUAAAGUGACUUAAUUGAUGUAAUAGUUAAUUCAAUAAAAAACUAUGUUAAGCAUGUACAAAGUGUUUGUGAUCGGUUUUUUUGCUGUCUGUUCUGGAAAUAAUUUUUCUGGCAACAGAAAUAAUGUGUGCAGAACAUUUAAGGACUAUGCCACUAUAUCGACUAAUCCUAACUGUUUUUACAAUCCUGACGUUGGAGCACAUCCAUCUAUAAUAGCACAGAGAUAUGGCUAUCCAUUUGAAAAAUACAAAGUUGUGAGUAAAGAUGGGUAUAUAACAAGUAUGUACAGAAUACCAAAUAACAAUAAGGAUUUAAGUAAAAAAAGGAUACCUGUGAUAUUACAACAUGGAAUAGCAAUCACAUCUGCAGCCUGGAUGCUUAAUGGAAAAAAAUCUAUAGCAUUUUACUUAUCAGACCAGGGAUUUGAUGUUUGGUUGCCAAAUGGCAGAGGAACUGAAUUUUCUACAGAACAUGUUAACUUAACCACACAAAGUCCAAAGUACUGGGAUUUUAGUUUCCACGAAAUGGGUAUCUAUGACUUACCGGCAAUAAUAGACUUUGUAGCACAAAAUACAGGACAAAAAGGCAAUAUUAUAUACAUAGGACAUUCUAUGGGUACAACUAUGUCUUUUGUGUACGCUUCACUACUGCCUGAUCACGCCAAAGAAAACUUAAAGGGUAUAAUUUCUUUGGCUCCAAUAGCAUACCUUAGGAACAUAAGAAGUGUGGUUAAGUUUGCUGUACCCUUUGCGGAUAUUAUUGGCAAUCUAUUGGAAAACUUGGGCAUACAUUCAGUAGGAAACGUUUAUUCCUUAUCCAGGCAACUUGUGUCAUCUGCCUGUAUUAUGUACCCUCUGAUAAUCCCUUGUGAAAUAUCAAAUAUUUUUUUGACAGGACUAUCAUUCGGACAAGUAUCACCGGAGACGAUUCCUGUUAUUUUAAGCCACUACCCCACAGGCACUUCAAUAAAAACUUUAAAGCACUUUGCGCAACUUUAUAAUUCGCAUGGAAAAUUUAGGUUGUUUAAUUAUCAACGGCAAGAAAAUUUAAAUCAUUACAAUAGCGAACUUCCUCCCGAUUAUCCUGUUGAGCAAAUCAAGGUGCCAGUAACGCUUUUCGUGGGACGAAGCGAUUUUUUAUCGAGUGUAGAUGAUGUUCAAGUUUUAUUUAAUCGACUUCGAGGUCCCAAAAGUAUGCAAGUAAUGAACGAAAAUGGAAAAUACGAAUAUGCUCAUAAUGACUACGUUAUAGGUCGACAAACUACUUUAUUCAGAAAGGAUUUGCUAAAUACGUUAAGAAAUCUCUAAGUUUGAAUAACAA